CCAAGACAGAUUGUUUUAGGGCACAAUAUAAAAAGUCGACAAGAACAGAAAAAAAACUACAGUAAACACGGCUAUUUAGCAAUAUAUGAAUAGAAAAACAUAUUCGACAACAGAUACACUAAAACUUCAAAGAAGUGCUAAGUAGCAACAAAUAGGUAAAAAAAUGUCUUACGGAAUUUAAAGAGAACAUGUCGAAGAAUCAAAAGGUGAAACUCAAAGCGUGAAAAAGGAUUUCAUUCUGAUGUGAAGACCAGCGUGAUAGCAUCAAGUACGAGAAUAAAAAGUCGCAGCCAUGUUAAAACAGUUGCUACUGGUUACAUUGAUUAGCAUUUUACCUUAUGUUAAAUCACAGAAUGAAAAAAAUCGUUUGACAAGCAACUGCUUACAUAAUGGUUGUCCAAUGUCAGGCGGAUUGCAUGUUGAAGAUUUAGAUGGCACUAUCAAAAAAAAUCUUCAGCCGACUGAAUCUUUUGAAAAUGUAUUAAAGAUUAUGACUUAUAACAUCCAUCAAAAUAACGCAGACUGGGAGAAAAGGAAGACAGAAUUGUGUGAUUAUUUUACACGAAGCCAACUCACUGUAUUCGGUUUACAAAACGUACGUGGUUAUCAACUGAGAGAUUUGAACUUAUGUCUGAAAGGCUAUGCAGUCGUCGCUAAUCUUAAAAGUUAUAAUAACAAGGAUGCAAUGUAUGACCCAAUAUACUACAAAAUUUCUGAGAGAAUAAUCUUGGUGAAGAGUGGAACGUUUUGGUUGAGCAAAACUCCUAGUAUAUCUGGUUCAAAGUUAUUAAAUGCUAAAGAAGUCGGCGCAUGCACGUGGGUACGACUCCAAUUUGCGGAGCGAUUAACACAUAACACUUUUUCAUACUCGGCGCAACCUUUAACACGAAAAGAAAGUUUCUUAGAUCGCUUGUUAAGCUUGUUGAAAGUCUACACAGGUAAAAUUAGCAGUACGGAACACAACCUUGGAUUUUCAGCAAUAAACGCAGCUCCACCACGGAUAAUGUACCAAUGGUUCGACUUUUACGUAGCAGUAACUCAAUUAGACUCGACGGAUGAGGGUGUUGCUCAGCAACAAGCCAAAAUAUUAACGAUGCACUUGAGAAAUUCAGUCAUGGACCGUCGACGAUUUCCUUUAAUUCUUAUGGGUGAUUUUGGGUGGGAAGAUAACACGGACGUUUAUAAGCACUUUACCAGAAAAGAUUGGCUUCUUAAUACCAUGGCAACAGCAAAGCAGGUCUUUCCGGCAAUGACCUUUGUUCAACCAAACUCCGUCAAAGAAAAAUUGGUGGAUUACAUCUGGCAAAACAAGUUUAUAACCAUGUUUUCAGCGACAAUGACCGAUGUGGAAAACUAUCAUCGACCAGUAUUCACUGCUUUACUGCCGAAGAUUUAAUCAUUUAUCUGUAGUUAAUUUGUUUGAACUUACCAACCAUCGUAAAAAAAAAGAGCCCUUCUCCUUUGAGAGUCGACUAAAACACCCUUAUAAUCUUUAUAGUAAUAUAUUUAUACCAUGGCAUGCCAUAUAGAGUAAACGCACCCUCCAUCCA